UCACAUCAAGAUUAUAUAGAAAAUUGGAAUAUGUCAUGACUAUUUAAGAUUGCAGUGCAUCACUAUUACUGAUCGUCGAAAGCAAACUACGGAUUUCGCCCACCGACAUUUUUUCCGCCAUUUUCUCGUGUACGCAUCUAUUGUUAAAGCCAUGGCUAGUGCAGGUAGUUCAAAAUCUAAUACAAUUGUAAAAUGUUGCUGCUGCCAUGAUUUAUGUUGGAAUUUUGAUAAAGAUAUAGUCCGGUGUUCAUGUUGUCAAAGAAUUUACCACAAAUCAUGCUACUAUCCAACUCUGUUAAAUGUUGAUACUUCAUUUAUUUGUAUUAUGUGUGAGGACAUUAAGAAGUAUUCUAAAAAUGUCCAAAAUAUAAAUAUUUCAUUUGGAUCAAUGAAAAAAAAAAUAAUUACUCGAAUAUUAAUGGAACUAUAUUGUAAAUCUGAAAACAUAGAGUUAGUGAAAGAAUGCCCCAAUCCCCAAAUGCAUCCAAUGUAUUAUAAAAAAAUAAGCCAACCCAUGUCAUUAGGAAAUAUCAGGCGAUUCUUGGAACAAAAUAGAUAUGAUAAAGUGAAAUAUGUUAUAUGGGAUUUGUCAAAAAUAUUUGGAAAUGUAAUGAUUUAUUUGUCACCAAGUGAUCCGUAUUAUAAGAUAGCAAAUGAACUUAAUGAUUAUUUGUUCAAAAUGGUAGAGAAAUGGUUACCUAAUCUUGAACUCUGAACUUUAUAGAAAACAUUGGUUUGUAAAAAUUAUUUAUUUAUUGUAAUAUAUUAUUAUUGAGGCCGGAUUAAGCACCUAUUGGGCCCCGGGGCUGAAAUUUUAUAUGGGCCCUUUUGACAAAACAUGCACUAAUUUGGGUAUUAAACUACCGCCUC